AUGGGAGCAGAAAUCGUACGGCAGUGGUAUAGCAACCUGAUUGCGGCCCUGGCAAGAACACCAAGAUAUGACCCCGGUCAGCUCGGCGAAGACAGUGAAGAUGAUGAGGAAGUACAGCUCAACGGGAAGGACUUUAAGCGGUGCGAAUACGAGACUGGUGAUGAGAAACCAUCAUGCAGGAGACGAUUCUGGCCGUGGAUGUUGUUGCUACUAGCCACAGUUGCUGGGACGGCACUUCUCACUCAUAUUCUGACCCGUCGGUUGGUCUGCCUUGUCUCUCCCACGAAACACCAGUCUUCCCAAUCUCAAUCCAUGGCUCAUGGACAUGGACACAGUCACAUGGAGGACAACCGACCGAGCCAUCAAGGCGAAGUGAAGCAGUGUGGUACUUCACCGGAGGAAGCUCAAGCUAGAGGGUGUGUGUUUGAACAACAGCUAGCUGCCUGGGUCCCAAGAGCUUGUGGGUUUCCGGACGUUGUCGGGGAGUACAAGGAAAACUUUGGGGACAUGAUGGCCGAGUGGACUUGGUACUGGGACCGCGACACCAUCAUGGAGGUUCCGUCGGAGAGUGUGCCGGAUUUGCAGGCAGGCAACUUCUCGGUGAUCUACACCAAAUAUCAGGCGUCGCAUGAUUUGCAUUGCCUCUACUGCUCUCGCAAGAUCAUCUAUGCGCUGAGCAAGGGGAUCAAUAUGAUGGAUGCUCGGUGUCAUCAGUUCUAUCAUGGAGCGCACUGCGUACAGCAUAUUGGAAAUUCGUUGAUCAUGGCUGAGAAGGGAGAAAAGAAAAAGAUACAGACUUGGGUUUACCCGCUCAUGUACCAUAAUUGUGUGCCCUUGACUUCCACACAGGAAUCGUGA